AGUCUCGCGAGAUAUUCAUCAACGUUGCCAUGACGACACGUUGUUGUAGUUCGAGCUAUCACAGAUGGGUAGGCAGCGUGCUAGCUGUUUACUUUUUCAAAGAUAGUCCCUUUUCAGCUAUAUCUGUGCGUGGUAGCAGUAUUUCAGAAUGCCACCCAAAAAGAAGGCCGCAGCCAAGUCUGCCAAAGGGAAGACGCCCACAGUAGUAGAUGGCCUUUCCACGGAGGAGAUGUCGAAGGAGCAGCUGGAGGAGCACAUUGUGCGGCUGCGGGAGGAGCUGGACAGGGAGAGGGAGGAGAGGAACUACUUCCAGCUGGAGAGGGACAAGAUCCACACCUUCUGGGAGAUCACCAAGAGACAUCUGGACGAGAGGAAGGCAGACCUGAGGAACAGAGACCGGGAGAUGGAAGAGGCUGAGGAGCGCCACCAAGUAGAGAUCAAGGUGUACAAGCAGAAAGUGAAGCAUCUGCUGUAUGAGCACCAGAACAGCAUCUCAGAGCUGAAGGGAGAGGGCGUGGUCUCUAACAAGCUGAUGCAGAAAGAGCACGCCGAGCUGGAGAACGAGCUCUGCAAGGGCAUGCGUACCCUCAAAGUGGACAUUAAGGAGCAGGAGCUCUCCAACGAGAACCUCGUCAAGGGCCUCAAACUGAAAAACGACCAGGAAAUUACCAAAACGAGAAAUGACUUUGAGAGACAAGUGCGAGAAAUUGAGGCCAAGUAUGAGAAGAAGAUGCAGAUGCUGCGUCAGGAGCAGGACCUGAGGAGGAAGACAGAGAUCCACGAGAUCGAGGAGAGGAAGAACAGCCAGAUCAACACGCUGAUGAAGAACCACGAGAAGGCUUUCAGCGACAUCAAGAACUACUACAAUGACAUCACCCUCAACAACCUGGCCCUCAUCAACUCACUCAAGGAACAAAUGGAGGAGAUGAAGAGGAAGGAGGAGCGUCUGGAGAAGGACAUGGCAGAGGUGCUGCUGCAGAACAAGCGCCUGACGGAGCCCCUGCAGAGGGCCAAGGAGGAGGUGACCGAGCUGCAGAAACAACUGGCCAACUACGAGAAGGACAAGACCUCACUGGCGGGGGCCAAAGCACAUCUGAAGGUCGCAGGCAAGGAGAUGAAAGACCUGAAGUGGGAACACGAAGUGCUGGAACAGAGGUUUAGUAAGGUCCAGGUGGAGCGUGAUGACCUGUAUAAGAAGUUCACCCAGGCCAUCCAGGAAGUGCAGCAGAAGAGUGGCUUUAAGAACCUCCUGUUGGAGAGGAAACUGGGGGCUCUGACCAACACCCUGGAGAAGAAGGAGGCUCAGCUCAACGAGGUGCUGUCUGCCUCCAACUUGGACCACACCGCCCUCGGCGUGGUCACACGCAAACUGGAGGAAGUUUUGGACUCCAAGAACAUUGCGAUCAAAGACUUGCAGUAUGAGUUGGCGCGGGUUUGUAAGGCCCAUAAUGACCUGCUGAGAACCUAUGAGGCCAAGCUGCAGGCCUUUGGGAUCCCUAUGGAGGAGCUGGGCUUCAAGCCCCUGGAGAGCAGUGUGGCUGGACACUCCCUGGGCCAGGGCCCUGCAGGGCUGGUGUCUGUCCCCACAUGAGAGGCUCCCAGGCUGGGCUCAGAGACACAAAUACUCCCUGACCCACACAGACUAUCACUUACUGCAGUGCUAAUGUGACUCUUCUUUCUAUCUCACUCUCUCUUUAUUGUAACGUUUGAUAGUUGCUGUUGAUCUUCAGUAGUAUUUCUAUCUGUUUGCGAAGAGGAACUUGUCUUUUUCCAAUACACUGUAAACAUUUCCAAAUAAAUAUAUUUUAAAAAGUA